UGUGUGUGUGUGUGUGUGUGUGUGUGUGUGUGUGUGUGUGUGUGUUUGUGUGUGUGACUGCUCCUCUGAUCUCUGUUGUCAGAGUUUCUGGUUCUACAGGAUUCUUUCUGUCUCCUCCCCCCCCCCCGCCUCCUGAAACAGGUCUGGUGUGUUGCUGUCAGGGACAAAGGUUUCCGUCCACACACACGAUAAGAUGUCUCGGGGUCCCAGAGGUCUUCCAGGUGGAGCUGCAGCGUGAGAAACCGUCCAAUCAGAGCAGUCGAGGACGACCCAUCAGAGACCAGACCCUGCUGGACCUGGACCCAGCUGUGUGUAGAGUAACCGGUCCACUUUAAAAACAAGGCGACCUGUAAGGGAGAUUAGAAUGAAGAAGUGGAGAUUGUUAAUGGAGAAGAGACGGAGGACCCAUCAGAAACCAGACCCUCCUGGUCCUGUUCUUGGUCCUGAUCCUGAUCCUGAUCCUGGACCCAGCUGUGUGUCCUUUAAGAGCGACCGGUCACAUGAUUUUCUCAUUAACUUUAAAGGAGAUCAACCCUCUGCUGGAGAGAGACUGGACCAGGAGAGCUCAGAGGGUCCCAGUGGGUCCCAGUCCUCCCAGCAGCAUCAAACCCACCUGGACUCCAUCUUUAUGCUGCUGGAGGAGGACAUCGUCACUUUUGUGAAGAACGAGCUGAAGAAGAUCCAGAAGCUUCUGAGACCAGAUUACCCAGAAUGCCCAAAGAGUCAGAGGGAGGGUGAGGAUGAAGAGCAGAGGAGGAGCAGAGAGGCGUUUCUGAAGAUCACACUGCACUUCUUGAGGAGAAUGAAGCAGGACGAGCUGGCUGACCGUCUGCAGAGCAGGAGUCCAGCAGGAGUUUGUAAGCGUAAACUCAAAUCUAAGCUAGACAGGAAGUUCCAGCGUGUGUUUGAGGGGAUUGCUAAAGCAGGAAACCAAACCGUUCUGAAUCAGAUGUUCACAGAGAUCUACCUCAUGAAGGGAGGGCUGCAGGGACAAUGAUCAACAUGAGGUCAG